UAGCCUUUUUCUUCGAUUGAAUUAUCUGUGCUGGGUUUCACAUUGUAAGCUCGAAAUUCAAACGAUGAAGAUCAAUCGUCGAUUCUCUUUUGUCGUCUCAAAUUGAGGACCUGUUGCUUGUGGGUUUGAUUCAAUUUGCUCUUGCUUCUUAACUCACUUCUUCCCUUGGCAUUGUUCACUUCAGUGAUUAAAUGUUGAUCGUUGUCGUUCGCAGAUAAUUCAUGUUCUCGUAAAGGCUGUACUUCUCCUUUUGCUCAAUUGGCUUCUAAUUUCUAUCAUAUGAUGCCCCUCUCUGUGUUUUGUUUGUACUCUUUCCUUUCACACUCAACGAUACCGUACUAGUCACUCGUGAGUUUGCAUGUGUGGGUCUUCAAGCUUCAGUGUCCCUUCUUAAGUAAUUUUAUUUUUUUGGUGAACCCUUCCUAAGCAAUUAGCUACUAGCUAGUGUACCAGGAUGCUGAGAUCAACAGUACUGGUUUAACAUUAAGGAAAUGCUGAACAUGUAACAAUUGAGGGGAAUAUCAGUCACUUUAUUCGUUAAUGGCAUUGAUUCCUGAGUUAUUGUCUAAUAUAAUACUCUUGGUGACUGGGCCUUUUGCUUUACUCAAGCUGCCAUGCGUGUUUAUUAUCAGAACUGCAUUUCUUUUCAUUUACACUUGGACAGAGUUGGUGAAGGCCACUUUUAGGUUCCAUUUGAACUUAAUAUUGAGAAUUAUAUCAUGGGCAAUUGGUAUUGUCUCUAUACCUUCAAGAAUUGUGAGUGCCUUACGAAGAGAAAGGCAGCUAGAACAACAACUACAAGAUCUACAGAAUGAGUUGGAGAAUAUAGUUGGGGAUCAGAAGGUUCUUCAAGAACAUCUCAAGAUGGCCAUUAGAGAACGUCAAGAACGGAAAAGGAUGGAGGCAGUAUUAUCAGAUCUUGAAGAGGAGCAUGAUAUGGCUAUUGCAAAAAUUGAACAGUUAGAGGCCAAGUUGCAGGAUCUGAAUGAUGAGAAUCGUAGGCUCAAGGAAAUUCAGGGCAAGGCGCGCUGGAGCUGGAAAGAUCAAAAUGACACUGACAAUGGCCAAAUCAUUGGUGGCAACGACUUUGGCAGUUCUCAUUCUAUCCUUUCAGGGAACUCCAAUUAUAAUGGGAGUGAAAUCGCAUUUCAAAGCCUAAUUAUGCACAAGGACAUUUGGGAACAUGAGAGCAAGAAUACAACGGAGUUGCUCAAACUCUUGAAAACAGGAUCAAAAUCCGGAACUGCUCUGCCAGUUGGACUGGAAACAAUGUCAAAAGAAGUAGAAAGGAGCGAUGUACUCGAUCAUCGCCGGGAUGCUGCACUUUCCCAGUCACUUUUCAGUGCUUUUUUGUCCCUGUUAGUUGGAGUGAUUGUGUGGGAAGCUGAUGACCCAUGCAUGCCUCUGGUGGUAGCUCUCUUCACAGUGGUUGGCAUGUCCUUGAAGAGCGUGGUUCAGUUUUUUUCCACCAUCAAGAACAAGCCUGCAUCUGAUGCAGUAGCUCUAUUAAGCUUCAAUUGGAUGCUCGGCGCUACGAAUCUGUUAUGGUGCAUGCUUCUUUUUUGUUUGUACAACAUACGGAAUAUCAGUUUUGUCUUGAAGGGUUUUUUCUUGGGAAAAAAAAAUAAAAAAGAAGAAGAAGAAGAAGACAGCAAAGUGUCUUUAGUUAUUCAAUGGUGUGCCAAGAAAGGAGAAAAAAAGCAAGAAAAGAAAGUGGAGAAGGUUCUGGCCUAACAAGCACACAUAAUAUAAAAAUAUAAAAAUACUAAUAAGAAUACAUUAUUGCAGGCCACAUUGCCACUCCUGUCAUUUUCUUCCCUAAUAUUGAAUUUGAGAGUGCAUAGUGCUUCUUGGACCAAUACCCACAAUGAUUUGUUUACUUGAUUUCAGAGUGAUGUUUGAUGAUAAUGACCCAUUCCAUAAUUUUCUGUGUGAGCUUUUGCUCAAGCAUAUCCUGUUCUGCAACUUGAUGAAUGUGCUGCGUUUGAGGACAGGUUCUUCAGGAAUUUAUUACGCUUUAUUAUGCUCAGUCAUUUUCCUCAGUCAUUGCAUGACCAAUGCAAUAACUUUGACUUUAUUAAUACUUCUCUUUCUCUUUUACACCUCCCUAAUGCUAUCAGAAUAAGUUUGAAAGCUGAAAAGCGCAGUCUAGUUACUCACAACUUACUCCACUUUUAGCAUAUAUUCUUAUGGCCAAGAAUUGUCUGUUUGAUGUUUAAUUAGUUGUAUUAACCUCAUAAUUCAAUUAUUAACAACAAAUCAAGUAGGAGGGAAUUAAGGGUCUGUUAUGUUUUACCGUCUUCUUGCUAUGGAAGGAGACGAGACAGAGACAAGUCGCAGAGAUGCACAUCGGAAGGAGCUGCCAUGAAAGUGACCUGGAACAGUUUAUUUCGUAAGAUAAAAGGGAAAAUACAAUGACUAUGUGAUGUAUUUUGCUUUCGUUUUGUUUUUAGUUUUAUAACUCUAUAUUGUUGUUCUCAGUUUUUGUAAUUUGAUUGGAUUAAACUGUUAGUCUUUAUAGUUUUAAAAUUAUGC